CAAUGGGCUACUUUGAAAUACUUAUAGUAUUCUUUUCCCUCGUUUUCUUUUGCUUAUUCUUUCAAAACAAAAAUGGAUUACCUACAAAUUGGCCUCUUGUUGGUAUGUUUCCGGAAAUCCUAAAAAAUGUUGAUAGAAUUCACCUCUACUUGGUUGAAAUUCUAGAAAAAUCUGAUUUAACCUUCAUUUUUGAAGGUCCUUGGUUCACCAAAAUGCAACUACUUGUUACCAUUGAUCCUGCCAACAUUCACCAUGUGAUGAGCAAAAACUUUCAAAAUUAUCCGAAAGGAUCCAAGUUUAAUGAGAGAUUUGAUGUUCUUGGAGAUGGGAUUUUUAAUGCUGACUUUGUUGUUUGGCAAUACCAUCGAAAAAUGGCUCAAUUCUUCCUUGGUCACCCAAAGUUUAACAAUUUUUUGGUUAAGAAAACUUUGAAGAAGGCAGAGAAUGGACUUAUCCCAGUCCUUGAUCAUGUUUCUACUCUUGGAAUCCAAGUGAAUUUGCAAGAUUUGUUUGCAAGAUUCACGUUCGAUGCAGGAUGUACCAUCAUGAUGGAUCACGAUCCAAAUACUCUCUCUGUCGACUUCCCUGUCAAUCCUUCCUCCAAAGCCUUAGAUGACAUCGAAGAGGUGAUCUUCCAUCGUCAUGUAGUGCCUACUUGUGUUUGGAAAUUUCAAAGGUGGUUAAAUGUAGGAAAAGAGAACAAGUAUAAGAAAGCAUGGAAAACCCUUGAUAGUUUCAUCUACAAGUGCAUUACUGCCAAGAGAGAAGAUAUUAUUAACAACAACCAAAAAGAAGACAAUGAGGUAUGUACUGAUCUACUAACAUUAUAUAUAAAAGAUGAUGAAAAUCUUAAAACUCCCAUUGGUUAUCAAGGGGAUAAGUUUUUAAGGGAUACAGUUUUGACUAACUUUAUAGCAGGACGAGAUGCUAUUAGUAUUACGUUGUCUUGGUUCUUUUACAUCCUCUCUAAAUACCCAGAAGUUGCUUCUAAGAUUAAAAAAGAAUUAGACAACAUAGUGAUAGAUUGGACAAAUGUUAAGGAGAUGAAUAGCAAGCUAGUAUAUCUUCAUGGUGCUUUGUGUGAAACCAUGAGAUUAUACCCUCCGAUUGCUUUUGAGGCUAAAACCUCAAUUGCAUCGGAUAUACUCCCUAGCGGUCAUCAAGUGAAUCCAAACAUGUUAAUUGUAUUUAAUUUAUACGCCAUGGGAAGGAUGAAAUCAAUAUGGGGAGACGAUUGCAAUGAGUUCAAACCAGAGAGAUGGAUAACAAAACAAGGGAAUAUUAAGCAUGAGCCAUCAUACAAGUAUUUCGUGUUCAAUGCCGGUCCAAGGACAUGCUUAGGAAGAGACAUGGCGUUUAUCCAAAUGAAGAUUGUUGCUGCCACCAUCAUUCAAAACUAUGUCAUAGAAGCCGUUCAAGAACAACGUGUUGUUCCUAAUGUCUCAAUAUUCCUUCACAUGAACAACGGCUUUAAGGUUAGGGUAUUCCGUCGCCCUUCUUAGUCAUGUACGGACUUAUCUAGCUUGUUAUUCAAAUCAUCGAUGCAUAAACUAUUUCUAUUUUGUUUUUGAAUUUUAUGAAUUAUACAUUACUAAAAGUUUGUAAUUUUUAUUCUCGUUAAACAACGAUAUAAUUAUUCCCUUGUUUUA